GGGUGUGGAGGGCAGAUCGGCGAGGAAGGAGGGGAAGAUGAUGGGAGGAAGAGGGGGGGUAGCAAGCGGAGGAGGAGGGGGGCGGCGGCAGGAGCGGCAGGCGCUGAUGCUGACGUUCGCGGUGGCGCUGCUGAUGGGCACCGCCGUCUACUUCCGCAUCUGGGCGCGCCAGUCCGACGACCCCUCCUUCACCGCCGACGACCGCGAGGAGCUCCGGAGGCAGUUCGAGCAUGCUAACCUAGAGGCAAUGGAUGAAUCCGCUGAAUGGAGAAUGAAAUACGACACGGAAUUGGCGAAAAACAGGGACCUGCAAGAUGAACUUUUAAAGGUCAAGACCUCACUGUCUGAUUCAACCAAGAGAUUUGAAGAGUUACAAAAGGAUAAUGAGAUGUUGAAGAGGCAGACUGAAUCCAUGAAACUGGAGUGCAAUUGCACCGUUCCAUUGAAUAUUAAUCAGGAAUAAGUACAUUUCACUGGCAGAUUAGCACUAGUUUCGUUUUCAUUUUUCUUAUUAUUGGAGUGAGGACAGAUGGAAUGAGCAGCUUUGUAAUAGUACAUAUGGCGACUGCAGCAAAGAAACUUGUGUUUGCAAUUGUUAAUGACCUAUACACCCGGGCACAAUUUUUGAAGUAAUCACUUGUGAGUAGCAAUGCAUAAGUGUGUUUCGGCUCAUUUUUAA